AUGGGCACCAGUGAUCCCUCUUCUCAUAAGCAACACACCACCCUUCCAAGAAAACUUGAACAACAAGAACGCGGACUAUACACACACGACAUCGCCCUCCCCAUCUCCCAAGACCAGGUCUACCGCAUCAUCCUCCUGUCGCCAAAGGACGUUGGCCAACAAGCCACCGCACAGCGCCUAGAGCGUCUCGAUAGCCUCGACGGAGGCUGCAACAUUGCCAUCAUCUUCCUCAUCGGUGAAGGCACCAAGCAAGUUGAUGCAACGCAGGCUUUCAUGGAGUUCAAGAUCGACCUCCUGGAGAAGCUUGAUCCGCCCCUACUCGCACUACCUCUGACAUCAUACACGGAGCUCCCUUCCAUGCUCGCAGGCUUCCGAGAGAUGCUCGCCACAAUGCAGCCCGCCAUUCACUCUGCCUCGUCUCUCUCUCCAGCCCAGCCCACUUCCGCCGACCUACUCCUGUACAUGGCCGGCGACAAUGAACCCCUCUCGGAACACGGCGCCAACCUCCUCAGCGAAUUAGGCCAGUCCCCGCGCGAGAUUGCCGCCCUCGCCGACACAGAGGAGGGCAAGGCGCGAAUCUUGGAUGUGUUGGACCCGAAGGACGGCAAGGCCAUUCUAGGGUUCCUAGCGCUGGAGAGGCUGGCUCUCACUUGA